AUGUCUUCUUCGUUUGAUGAUUCAGUCGCCGAUCCAGUUCACCUUUCCGAUUAUGGUUUCGUAGUUGAAGACUCUCCGGUUUUGGUUACCGAGGAGGAGCAGGUAUUUAAUUAUCCGUCCCCGACGCCGAUUUUAGUUUAUGGUGGAGGAUUAUCGCCCGAUCAGCCCGAAAUUUCAUCGUUUAACGAAAAUGGAACGCCCUUCGAAGGUGAGUAUAUGGCAUUAGAUGGAUCGAUUCUGCCCCCACUGUCGGAGAUGCAGCCUGAGGAGGGUUUUGCACUCAAAGAAUGGAGGAGAGAAAAUGCAUUGCGUUUAGAAGAGAAGGAGAAGAUAGAGAAAGAGUUGCUAAACCAAAUCAUUGAUGAAGCAGAUGAUUAG